CAAUGUGUUAACCUAAUUUAAUAAGUAAUCCAUCAAUUCAUCCCCUCUAGACUAUUCUUUCUCUCUCAAGUUAUUUCUCUCGCGCGUGUUCUUUGUUGGCGUCUCUUAGCAAAAACAAAAGCAGCCUUUCGGAAAUCUCGAGAGACCAACAGCAAGCACGUCGAUGUUUCCUAAGCCCUCUUAAAGGCCAUUCCAAACAAACUCUGUACUACUUCUCCGUUCAAUUCAUUUCACUCCACCUUCAUCCCCAAAACUUCCCCUAUUCCUUCAAUUUUGUUGAUUCUUAUAUUGUUCAUUUUUUUUUCGGAAAUUUAUAUUGUUCAUUGAUAUACAUAAAGUUUAUAUAUAAUUUAGAGAGGGAAAGAAGAGAGAGAAGUAUGUCGACCCUUUCUUCAUCUGCACAUUGUGGUUCAUAUUCACCGUCUUACUCGGCUUCUUCCUCAUACAAAUCCAGCAAUCUUCAACGGGCAACUCUACCCUCCAUUCAUAGAUCAUUUGUCUCCAAAAGGGUCUUUUCAAAAUCUAAUCGGAACCCUUAUUUGAAUGUGAUUCGCAUGCAAGAUGGUGCGGUAGCUGCAACAGUAACCCCUAUUCAAAAUGAAACUCCUUUGAAGAAAUUGAAAGAUGAGUUUGUGUCAGUUAAAUCUCCAGAUGAACUUAAAGAUGCUGCUGGUUUUGAUUUCAAUAAAGAUAAUUCCUCAGUCAGUAUUACCGUGGUUGGAGCGUCAGGUGACCUUGCCAAGAAAAAGAUAUUUCCUGCGCUUUUUGCACUUUAUUACGAGGGUUGCCUCCCUGAGCACUUCACUAUCUAUGGUUAUGCCCGGAGUAAGAUGACUGAUGCUGAACUUAGAAACAUGGUUAGCAGGACUCUGACUUGCAGGAUUGAUAAGAGGGAAAACUGUGAUGAAAAAAUGGAUCAAUUCCUGAAAAGAUGUUUCUACCAUUCUGGUCAAUAUGAUUCUCAGGAACAUUUUGCUGAGCUUGACAAGAAACUCAAGGCACAUGAGGGUGGGAGGGUCUCUAAUCGCCUUUUCUAUUUAUCAAUCCCACCAAACAUAUUCAUAGAUGCUGUAAGAUGUGCAAGUCUCUCUUCUUCAUCCGGUAAUGGCUGGACCAGGGUCAUUGUGGAGAAACCUUUUGGUCGAGAUUCUGAAUCAUCUGCUGCUUUGACAAGAUCUCUCAAGCAGUACUUAGAUGAGGAUCAAAUAUUCAGGAUAGACCACUAUUUGGGGAAGGAGCUAGUGGAGAAUCUGUCUGUCCUUCGCUUCUCCAACCUCAUAUUUGAACCUCUGUGGUCGAGGCAGUAUAUAAGGAAUGUACAGCUGAUAUUCUCUGAAGAUUUUGGCACUGAAGGUCGCGGAGGAUACUUUGACCAUUACGGGAUAAUUAGAGACAUAAUGCAAAACCAUCUGCUCCAAAUACUUGCCCUUUUUGCCAUGGAAACCCCUGUCAGUUUGGAUGCAGAAGAUAUCAGAAAUGAAAAGGUCAAAGUUUUACGUUCAAUGAGGCCUAUACAACUUGAUGAUGUGGUCAUAGGACAAUAUAAGAGCCAUACAAAAGGAGGUGUUACUUACCCAGCUUAUACUGAUGACAAGACUGUACCCAGAAACAGCUUGACUCCAACAUUUGCUGCAGCUGCCCUUUUUAUAGAUAAUGCAAGAUGGGAUGGAGUUCCUUUUCUGAUGAAAGCUGGGAAAGCAUUACAUAAUAAGAGGGCUGAGAUAAGGGUACAGUUUAGGCACGUGCCAGGGAAUUUGUAUAACCGGAAUAUUGGGACUGAUCUUGACCGUGCAACGAAUGAGCUUGUUAUCCGUGUGCAGCCUGAUGAAGCUAUUUACUUGAAGAUCAAUAACAAGGUUCCUGGUUUAGGAAUGAGAUUAGAUCGCAGCAACCUAAAUCUUCACUAUGCAGCAAGAUAUUCCAAGGAGAUUCCUGAUGCAUAUGAGAGACUUCUUCUGGAUGCUAUUGAAGGGGAAAGGAGACUAUUCAUCCGAAGUGACGAGCUAGAUGCUGCAUGGUCGCUUUUCACCCCUGUAUUGAAAGAGUUGGAAGAGAAGAAAAUUAUUCCCGAGUACUAUCCUUAUGGGAGUCGAGGUCCUGUUGGGGCUCAUUAUCUUGCAGCCAGAUACAAAGUCCGGUGGGGUGAUCUCGGUGCAGAGCAGUAACUUUGAGGAUGCUUUUUCAUCACUUUUGGAGUUGCAGAAUGGUUCCUGGAUUUUGAUUUUGUUUAUUGGGCGUCCCAUGGUAUAAUGAUGAUGGUUUUCAGAUGAAGAGAUGGAUCAAAUAGAUCUUGAUGUUACAAUCCCUGGGAAAUCGGAUGCUGGAUAGUAUUGGCGUAAACAAUCAGAAUCCAGAAAGGGAAAGUGGGGCAACCUCUCUUUUUUCUGUGAGUUAUAAUUUGUUUCUUCUUCUUCUUCUUCCUCCUCCUCUUCCUCCUCUCUUCAGUCAACCCUUUUUAUCUAAUAGUUGAUAAACGGUAGAUAUGGCUGUCUUAGAGAACGUUUCUUCUGGCUAAAUGUAGCUUUUCCCCAAAUUUUCAGAAAUGAUAUGAGAAUGUAUACACAGCUCUAUCUUAUGAAGUGAUAGGCACUUGGCUAUGUCAUAAA